CUUUCUCUCUUUCUUUCGCUCUCGCUCUCUGGGCUGGAAGCUCAGUAGGCUCUGAAGCCUUUUUCUACAGAAAAAGUCAGUGGCAGAAACAACAUCAGUAGUAGCAGAAGCAGGUUCAGAAGUUGUAGUAUAGUAUAGUAAUAGAGAGAGAGAAGGGAAAAAAAAGGGGACCCAAGAGAGGAUAAUCUUUCACUCUCUCUUCUCUUUCACACACAGAAGGAAUUUCAGAAUCCCCACUAUAGAUACACAGUGGUAGAUAGUUUGGGUUGUUAGAUUAAGAACACCAGAGACAAGAUUACAGAAAUUUUCCUCUUUUUUCAACUUUUCUUUUUGGGAAAAUAAUAUUACCAAAAAAAAAUAAAUAAUCCAUCGAAAUUGGAUUUUGAUUGCUUAUCAGAAUCCGCAGUUGUGGCUACUACAAGGAGGUUCCCUUCGGAUUCCGGAGCUUUUGCAGACUGGGUGGCUUCAUCCUCUUCUGCCGGUCGUGCAGACGACCUUUCCCUCGGUUUCAAUGCCGCACCUGCUACCGUUGGUGCCGGAAAUGGAGCCGGAACCGCCUCUGCUCCUUGGUCUUCCGCCUCGACACGGCAUCAAAUCAAUUAUGGCCUUCCGCAGGAGAUGGGUAUGGUGGGUCUUCGAGAUGUAUUCCUUGUUGCUCCCGCAUCAUCGUUUCAUCACAACACACAACACCAAGAUCCCAUGAUCUCCGACCACCACCAUCACCAUCACCAUCACCACCAGAUUAACAAUUCCAACACUGCUGCCGCAACCACUCUUGGCGUUGGUGUUGGUGUCGGCGUAAUCCCUCUCCUCACUGCCACUCCUUGUCUUCCUUCUUCCGGCAACAUAGGAAUCGACGACGAAGAUAAUGAUAACAUCAACAUCAACAUCAACAACAACAAUCGUAGUAGCAGUAGUAAUAGUAAAAUUCAGUUCUGGCAGAACCAGCAGAACCAGCAGAACAACUUCCUUAAGAAAUCCAUGUUUUUGGAUCAUACAAAUUCUGCUAAUUUUCUGAAUACCGGCGGUGGUGGUGGUGCAUCAAGCUCAGGCGGUGCUUUUGGUAUUACUGGCACUUCUUCAUCUUCUCCAACGUGCCAAGAUUGUGGAAACCAAGCCAAAAAGGACUGUAAUCACCGCCGGUGUAGGACUUGUUGCAAAAGCCGUGGUUUUGAUUGCCCAACUCAUGUGAAGAGCACGUGGGUUCCAGCAUCUCGGCGGCGUGAACGUCAGUUAUCUGCAGCGGUAGGAACAGCCGCUGGUGCUUCUUCUGGGUCUACCUCUGGGGUAAAGAAGCCAAGACUUAUCACUUCACAGACCACAACGACUUCACAUACUUCCACAUCUAAUAAUACUCCACCAAGAAGCUUUGAUACAAGCUCAAGCCAUCAAGAUGCGAGUUUUAGGGAAGCAUUGCCUGGUCAGAUACGGGCACCUGCAGUUUUCAAGUGCGUGCGGGUGACUGCCGUUGAUGAUGGUGAAGAUGAGUAUGCUUAUCAGGCUGUUGUGAAGAUUGGUGGCCAUGUCUUUAAAGGGUUCUUAUAUGAUCAGGGAGUGGAGGGGAGGGAUGGGUUUCCAAAUCUCUCUGAGUUGCACUUAGGUGGUGGUGGUGGGGGUGGAAGGAAUGGAGGUUCUUCGCCAAUCAUUGAUCCUUCAGAUGUUUAUGCUGCUUCUGGUGGUGGUUUGCUUGGAGGUACGGCUUAUGGUAACUCAAUAAAUUGAAGGGCUUGGAGGGCAAAGACAAUGUGGGUCUGGUUUACUUCCUUGUCCAACUGAUUGUUCGAUAGAAUGUCUCAGUAGAUCACUAUAGUAAUUCCUGUAAACUUGUUUUUACCAUGACUUCUGUUUUCUCUAUUGAUUCUCAAAAGCUUCUGCAUUAUUGAA